AGCACAGCUCACUGUAGCCAAGAGACAGAGAGGAUUUGUCGAUAUAAUAAAACAAGAAAUUAGAAAUUUCUCUUGUAGAAAGGAAACCGAAGAGGGCAUAACGACCAAUGAUUUAGUAAAUUCUUGGUGAUCUUUUGGGGAAAGAAAAUCAGUAACAUUUCUCCACCAUACCAUGGCAGCGCUCAGUAUCGAGGAUAGCGACAUUCCGUCGCAAACAGGGAAAGUUGCCAUCAUCACGGGGGGCUCCUCUGGCAUUGGCUUGGCUGCUGCGAAGUUGCUUGCGGAACGAGGCGCAGUAGUCCAUGUGCUGGACAUCAAUCCACCAGCUGAGAACGUAUCGAAUUUGCAGUUCCGGCACUGUAAUGUAGGGAGAUGGGAGGACCUAAGGAGUGCGUUUCAAGACGUCGGUCACGUUGAUUAUGUCUUUGCCAACGCUGGCGUUUCCGAAGAGACGGACUACUUUGCCGACCAGAUGGAUAGUGACGGUCGUCUUGUCGAGCCAGAAUAUCGCGUCCUCGACAUCAACGUACGGGCCGUCUACAACGUGGUGAAGUUGGCCUGGAGUCAGAUGCGGAGGCAAAAAGAUACGCCUGGAAGCAUUGUCAUCACUACCAGCGCGUCGGGUUAUGCGCCAGAGCAAUCUCUUCCGGUAUAUUCCAGUGGCAAACUAGCACUCGUUGGUCUGAUUCGAGCGCUACGAUCUGUGAUUAUCCGGGACGGUAUCACCAUCAAUGGGGUUGCUCCUGCGGCAACCAUCACUAGUCUACUUCCAGCCAACCUCGCAGCCCCGAUCCUAGCUCAGGGGCUACCCGUUAGCGAUGCCCACUUUGUUGGCCGGGCCUUGGUCUAUUCCGCCGUCGCCCAGCAGCAGAGGCGGGUGCAGAUGUAUGGUAAGGAUGAUGAUAAUAACAUGUGGAAAAGUGAGCGUUGGAACGGGCGAGUGAUCCUUACUCUUGGAAAUAGCUAUACUGAGCUUGAGGAGCCCACUGCGGACUUGCGCCCUUUUUGGUUUGGUAGGGAGAACGUACGUAAGACGCGUGAGCAGCAGGCUGCGACCGAUUUUCGAGGACCUGAGUGAAGCUCUGGCCCUCCUCGGCGUUUUUCCUAUUGUAAUGAAGGAUUCGGGUAUUCCUCUUCUCACACCGGCACUGACGUUAUCAAGCUGCAUAUCGUAAGCUGCCUAGAUACCAAGAUCAACAAGUACACGUGAAUCCUACGGUUUCGCUAGUUUUCCUCUUUGAUAAUUUGACGA